CUCAUUACGCUGCCACUCCACACACUUUCCACUCUCACUCCGCCUUUCUCUCCCUCCCAAUUCCAAUGAGCAACAACGCCUCCCGGAAGCGCGCGGCGCCGCCGUCGCAACCUCCACCGGCGAAGCAAGCCGUAAUGACUCAGGAAGAAGAGUUCAUGGACGAAGACGUGUUCUUAAACGAAACCCUCGUUUCCGAGGACGAAGAAUCCCUCAUUCUCCGCGACAUCGAGCAGCGCCAGGCCCUCGCCAACCGCCUCUCCAAGUGGACCCGUCCUCCUCUCUCCGCCGACUACGUCGCCGGAACUCGUAGCGUCCUUUAUCAGCAGCUGGAGAUUGAUUACGUGAUUGGAGAGAGUCACAGGGAGUUGCUGCCGAACUCAUCUGGACCUGCCGCCAUUAUCAGAAUAUUUGGAGUUACUAAGGAAGGACACAGUGUUUGUUGCAAUGUUCAUGGGUUUGAACCAUAUUUCUACAUUUGUUGCCCUCCUGGAAUGGGUCCAGAUGAUAUCUCCCAUUUUCAUCAAACUCUUGAGGGAAGGAUGAGAGAAGCCAAUAGAAACAGUAAUGUGGGAAAAUUCAUUCGCCGUAUUGAAAUGGUGCAGAGAAGGAGUAUUAUGUACUAUCAGCAAUCCAAUUCCCAACCCUUUCUCAAAGUUGUAGUUGCACUCCCAACAAUGGUUGCCAGCUGCCGUGGUAUUCUGGAUAGGGGUAUUCAACUUGAUGGUUUAGGAAUGAAGAGCUUCUUGACUUAUGAAAGCAAUGUACUUUUUGCCCUUCGCUUCAUGAUUGAUUGCAACAUAGUUGGUGGAAAUUGGAUUGAAAUUCCAGCUGGAAAAUAUAAGAAAACAGUGAAAAGCUUGUCUUACUGCCAGUUAGAGUUUGAUUGCUUGUAUUCCGAAUUGGUUAGUCAUGCUCCAGAAGGGGAAUAUUCAAAGAUGGCUCCAUUUCGCAUAUUGAGUUUUGACAUUGAGUGUGCUGGUCGUAAAGGUCAUUUUCCUGAGCCUACCCAAGAUCCUGUAAUCCAGAUUGCUAAUUUGGUUACUUUACAAGGAGAAGACCAGCCAUUUAUUCGUAAUGUGAUGACCCUUAAAUCAUGUUCUCCUAUCGUUGGUGUUGAUGUGAUGUCAUUUGAAACAGAAAGAGAAGUCCUGCUAGCUUGGAGGGAUUUAAUUCGUGAAGUGGACCCGGAUAUUAUUAUUGGAUACAACAUCUGCAAAUUUGACUUGCCAUAUCUUAUUGAGAGAGCUGCGAACCUGAAGAUAGCAGAAUUUCCAAUUCUGGGUCGUAUCAGGAACAGUAGAGUUCGAGUAAAGGAUACAACUUUCUCAUCAAGGCAGUACGGGACCAGGGAAAGUAAAGAAGUUACAGUAGAAGGGAGAGUUCAGUUUGAUUUACUCCAGGUUAUGCAAAGAGACUACAAAUUAAGUUCUUAUUCACUGAAUUCUGUGUCAUCACACUUCCUUUCUGAGCAGAAAGAGGAUGUUCAUCAUUCAAUUAUAUCCGAUCUUCAGAAUGGAAACGCAGAAACUAGGAGGCGCCUUGCUGUGUAUUGUUUGAAGGAUGCAUAUCUCCCUCAGCGGCUUUUGGAUAAAUUGAUGUUCAUUUACAAUUAUGUGGAGAUGGCUCGAGUAACAGGUGUCCCAAUUUCUUUUCUACUUUCCAGAGGCCAAAGCAUUAAAGUACUUUCUCAACUUCUUAGGAAGGCAAGACAGAGGAAUCUGGUCAUUCCUAAUGCCAAACAGGCUGGGUCUGAACAAGGAACAUUUGAAGGUGCCACUGUAUUGGAGGCAAGGGCUGGAUUUUAUGAAAAACCAAUUGCUACUUUAGAUUUUGCAUCCUUGUAUCCAUCUAUUAUGAUGGCCUAUAAUUUAUGUUAUUGCACUCUGGUGACCCCUGAAGAUGCUCGCAAGCUCAACAUCCCUCCAGAGUCUGUGAACAGAACUCCAUCGGGUGAAACAUUUGUUAAAUCAAAUUUGCAGAAGGGAAUACUUCCUGAAAUACUUGAAGAGCUAUUAACAGCCCGUAAAAGGGCAAAAGCAGACUUAAAGGAGGCAAAGGAUCCCCUGGAGAAGGCAGUGCUAGAUGGUAGACAGCUGGCCCUGAAGAUUAGUGCAAAUUCUGUUUAUGGGUUUACAGGGGCCACCAUUGGUCAGUUACCAUGUUUAGAGAUAUCAUCGAGUGUAACAAGCUAUGGUCGACAAAUGAUUGAGCACACGAAAAAACUUGUGGAAGAUAAAUUUACGACACUUAAUGGCUAUGAACACAAUGCCGAGGUAAUAUAUGGAGACACAGAUUCAGUCAUGGUACAAUUUGGUGUUUCUGCUGUAGAAGAGGCUAUGAACUUGGGGAGAGAAGCUGCUGAACAUAUUAGUGGAACUUUCACAAAACCCAUCAAACUAGAAUUUGAGAAGGUUUACUAUCCAUAUCUCCUGAUUAGCAAGAAGAGAUAUGCUGGUUUGUUUUGGACAAAACCAGACAACUUUGACAAAAUGGACACUAAAGGUAUUGAAACAGUUCGAAGAGACAAUUGUUUAUUGGUCAAAAACCUGGUGAACGAUUGCCUUCACAAAAUAUUGAUUGACAGGGACAUUCCUGGGGCAGUCCAGUAUGUCAAGAAUGCAAUUUCAGAUCUUCUCAUGAAUCGUAUGGACUUAUCACUUCUGGUUAUUACAAAGGGUUUAACGAAGACAGGAGAUGAUUACGAAGUAAAGGCAGCUCAUGUUGAACUUGCUGAAAGGAUGCGCAAGCGAGAUGCUGCCACUGCUCCAAAUGUUGGAGACAGAGUACCAUAUGUUAUUAUUAAAGCUGCAAAAGGUGCAAAGGCAUAUGAGAGAUCAGAGGAUCCUAUCUAUGUGCUAGAGAACAACAUACCCAUAGAUCCUCAUUACUAUCUUGAGAAUCAAAUUAGCAAGCCAAUUCUGAGAAUUUUUGAGCCAAUUCUGAAGAAUGCUAGCAAAGAGCUUCUCCAUGGAAGUCAUACAAGAUCUAUUUCUAUUUCUACACCGUCAAACAGUGGCAUAUUGAGAUUUGCUAAGAAACAGCUUACCUGCAUUGGUUGUAAAGCUUUACUUGGCAAGGGUUAUCACACUCUCUGUUCACAUUGCAAAGGAAGGGAGGCUGAGCUGUACUGUAAAACAGUAUCUCAAGUGUCUGAGCUGGAGAUGCUUUUUGGGAGGUUGUGGACACAGUGUCAGGAGUGCCAAGGUUCACUUCAUCAGGAUGUUCUCUGCACCAGUCGGGAUUGUCCAAUUUUCUAUCGACGAAAAAAGGCACAGAAAGAUAUGGGUGAAGCAAAGUUGCAAUUGGACAGAUGGAACUUCUAAGUUUUGCCAAGGUAUCAUUAAAUUUGCCAAUUUUGGGAACUGAAGGAAAACCUCUGGUGAUGAUAUCCUCCUACGACAAGCUCUUGUGACUAUUUCUAUUUCUGGAAGGAAAUGCAUGUAGCGAAGAGCCUAAUUUCUUGCACGGUUUAGUUCAACAUAUGAUUUUGCGAAAUUUGGUUAAUGUGCAGAAUUUGACCUUGCGGAUCUCUUCGAAACCAAUGGACACAAAUACAAUCUGGUGUUUGCCACAAUCCUGACAUUUGUAAUGUGAGUAAAAGCCCACAAUUUGUUUACUGAAAGAUUUGUGUGGAAUCCUCAAAUGAUAGUUUUUAAGUUAUCGGAUGACAUCAACCUGGUUCCAAGCAGUAACUGCUGAAUUAUUUUGAUAUUUAAAAAAUUAUCAUUCGAGGAUUUAGUCAGUUGAUGCAAAGCAGUCUUUUGAUAUGGAAAUGAGGGUAUACUGUAACGUAAGGAUAUGUCAACGGGAUGAGUUAUAGAUGUGAGGCGGUGUCUGUUACAAAAGGAUAUCCUAGUAAUUGACGCGUGUUCUGAUAUUUUGGUGCA